GCAGGAUGGCACGAUUACAGGCUCGACGUUGCCAUUAAGGAUACGAAACGUUUUUGGCAGAUCAGCCCGACAAGUUGGCCUUAACUUCGGGCGAUGGCCGAAGCGUUGGGAAAGGCCUACUGCACCACCAUGAACGAACACUGAUAAACUGUACGAGCUCUGUGGCCGUUCACGAGCUCUGAUCACCCUCGUAAGAGCCUUUUUAUACUGCCGCCCUGCCAUUGUUCCUUCCCUUCACCACUCCCAUCAACAACCUUGUCCUUCAGCCACUCUUUCAUUUACCGUCAUCUCUGGGCAACAGCCCGUCAUCAUCAUGCUUCCGAAGUCUUCACUCGCUUUUUACAUUCUGCUUCAGCUUUUUGGGCCCGCAGCAUCACGCCCCGCUGGCCUCAAAAGCGACGCUCUUUUUCCAAGGGUCGAGGUCGAUGACGCCCCGAAAUGGGAAUAUUAUCGAGACGUCGAUUCCGCUACUCAUCAGGCCAACUUCGACAAAUGGAACGCUGAAGGCUACCGACUGAUCUCCUUGAGCUCAUAUGGUUCUCCGUCCGCCGCUCGCCAUGCUGCUGUCUGGGUUCAGCGUUCCGGGCCAUCCAUCACGGCUAUCCACGACGUGAACACCACCACUUUCCAGGCAUGGAUUGACGAACACUCCGCAGAAUUUGUCCCCACAGUCGUUACCGCUACAGGCCCCCAGGACUCUGCUGUUUUCUCGGGCGUCAUGGAGAAAGGGAACACUGCCUGGACUCAGAAGUGCGACAUGUCGGCAGAUGAAUUUGAGGGUAACGAUCAGGGAGCACGUGCGAUGAAUCAGCUCCUCAUGUCAUUCCACCAAUAUGGUUCGGCUUCAGACUACCGGUUUUGUGCCAUCUGGCAGGCCAAUACCAACAAGGACAAAUGGAUCAAGUACAAGUCGCCUAUGCCUUCAAAUCAAUUCCAAGGAGUCCUGGAAAGCGAGUCUAGCAAACCCUACUGGCGACCCGCAUCCAUCUCCAUCAAUGAGGUGGGUGAUUACACGAGCCUUUUCUUGGACACCGAUAUCGGUUCAUGGGUUGCGCGUUACGAUCUGAGCCCCGCGGCUCUGGACGAAGAAUGCAAGAGCCAAAAGGCGGCAGGAAGAUAUCCAGUACAGCUCAUUGGUGGAGGCUCAGGCGAAAACACACGAUACGCCGCUAUAUUUGCGACCCAGGAUGUUGCUUCACCCCGAAAAUGGCGUGUGACGGGUCUCCCUACUAUCGGCUUCACGGACAAUGCCGCUUCAGAAGCCAAAGCAGUCCAACUAAUUCAGAACUUUAUGCAAAAAACCGGUGUCCGUCAGACGCAACUUUCCAUUGCAAAGGAUGGGAAUUCAAUGCUGCACAAGGCUUUCACGUGGAGCGAACCGGUGCGGCCCACUACUCAAGUCAACGAUACUUUCCUCCUUGCCAGUCUUAGCAAAGCUUUCUGUGUAGCGGCAAUACAAUCGCUCUAUGAUAACGGGAAGCUCACGCCGAGAACAAAGGCUUAUCCGUUGUUGGGAUAUACCAAUCCCAGCGACCCUCGCCAACAAGACGUCACGAUCCAACAACUGCUUGACCAUCAAGGUGGUACUAGCCGUACCAUCUCGCCCGAUCCUGCCUACAACAUGCGCGAGAUUGCGCUUGCGCAAAAUGGUGGCUCACGUCCCGCCACCGUCAAGGAUAUGAUCGAUUACAUGUACGCUCAACCUCUUGACUAUACACCUGGAGAUAAUUCAGAGUAUAGCAAUUAUGGUUACGUCCUGCUGAGCCGCAUCAUCGAAGUUGUCACCGGAAAAGAUUACUUCACCUACCUGCAAGAGGAGAUCAUCAAUCCUGAAGGUCUCACUGUCAAACCAUGGUCUACCGACCCUGUUGCUCACAAGUUCGACAAUGUCAUUCAAGAGUCCCAUUUCACAGGGCUUAGCGCGCGUGAGCCGCAGAAACCUAACUCUAUCGCUCAUAUAUAUGGCGGAGAUGGGCAGUAUAAAGAGUCUGUUCUUGGCGCCGUCGGGCUGGCAUCGAACGCGAUUUCGUUCUCUAAACUCGCCCAUAAGCACGCUAUGUGGGGUAACGGUGACAGAACUCCUUCCGUUAGGCACGGAACUACGUCCGGUGCUAGAACCCACGUUGAAAGCACAUCAGAGGGAUUCGACUGGUCGAUGAUGAUCAACACACGGGACUUUCCCAACGGGGAUAAUGACUAUGAAGACGUUGUACAAGCCAUUAACAACUGGCUCUUAACGACGGUGUAAACUCACAACAUAUUCGCUUGGGAGAAAAAAACAGGUGUUGCUGU